AUGACAGACAGAAAGUAUGACAGGCUGGCAGGCAGAAAGUAUGACAGACUGGCAGACAGAAAGAAUGACAGACUGACAGACAGAGAGUAUGACAGACUGGCAGACAGAAAGAAUGACAGACUGGCAGACAGAAAGAAUGACAGACUGGCAGGCAGAAAGUAUGACAGACUGGCAGACAGAAAGAAUGACAGACUGACAGACAGAGAGUAUGACAGACUGGCAGACAGAAAGAAUGACAGACUGGCAGACAGAAAGAAUGACAGACUGGCAGACAGAAAGUAUGACAGACUGACAGACAGAAAGAAUGACAGACUGGCAGACAGAAAGAAUGACAGACUGGCAGACAGAAAGUAUGACAGACUGACAGACAGAAAGAAUGACAGACUGACAGACAGAAAGAAUGACAGACUGGCAGACAGAAAGUAUGACAGACUGACAGACAGAAAGAAUGACAGACUGGCAGACAGAAAGAAUGACAGACUGACAGAAAGAAAGAAUGACAGACUGGCAGGCAGAAAGUAUGACAGACUGGCAGACAGAAAGAAUGACAGACUGACAGACAGAAAGAAUGACAGACUGGCAGGCAGAAAGAAUGACAGACUGACAGACAAAAAACUGGCAGACAGAAAGUAUGACAGACUAACAGACAGAAAGAAUGACAGACUGACAGACAGAAAGAAUGACAGACUGACAGAUUGA